UCAUCUGCGCCCCAUAAUAUCCCACAGCACAUCUCCACCUUGUAUUGAGAACAUCUAAAGAUAAUGUCUCAUCGUGGAGAUGUGCUGGGGCCUUGUGGGGUGCCCAGUUGUGGGGCGCAGAUGUAAAUUCGGUUGGAUCAAGGGUACCAAUUACGGUAAGAGCAAAAUGUCAGGGACUUAGGGUUAGUUGGGUCGAGGUUUCAUCGUAGGAUCUGUUUAGGGUUCGAAAGUCCAAAACUUCGAAGGCUUCUUCUCCACCAUUCUCAGUGAUAGUGAGAAACUCUACCAUUCUCAGUCACAGUGAGAAACUCCGUCAUUCUCCGCCGUUCGCAGUUCAGUGACAAUGAGAAACUCCGUCAUUCUCCGCCGUUCUUAGUUCAGUGAUAGUGAGAAACUCUGCCAUUCUCUGCCGUUCUCCGUCAUUCGCAGUUCACUGACAGUGAGGAACUCCCGGAAGGUUCGUAUUCUGCGGUUUUGGGGAUUUUGAUUUCUAAACAACAGAAGUUCUCCGCCGCUUCUCACUUCUCAGUGAGGUUUCUCCGCCAUUCUCUGUUUGAAAUUCUGCAAACAAUCCGUUCACAGCGAGGUUUUUCCUCAGGCAUCACUCCAUCAUUUCACCUGCUAAUUGACGAUUCAUCCAUCACUUGGUAACUGACUUCUCAGUUCUGACUUUUUUUGGGAGAUAUAUUACAUCACUAUUGCAGCAGAAGUGCGCCUAAUCGAAAACUUUGCUUGGUUUGCACAUUAGAGACCCGAUCUAUUGUAAUUAAGAUACUUGUAUAGAAGGGAUGAUGUCUUAUGAUAGCAAAGCAAAUUUGAAGCACAACAAGUCAACUGGUCUGCCACGGAAGCGCUUCUACCGAGCACGAGCACACAGCAAUCCACUAAGUGACUCCCACUUCCCUGUACCGAUUACGCCUUAUAAUGUUGAUUACUCUGAACAUUAUCCAGAAUUUUUCCCAUCGGGUCAGAUCAAUAAUUACAAUGGUGAUACAACCAGUAGUCUUGAGGUGAAAAAGAUCCAGUUUGCUGACAUUGGUUGUGGCUUUGGUGGUUUACUUGUCAGUCUUGCAACACUCUUCCCUGAAACAUUAAUGAUCGGUAUGGAGCUUAGGGACAAAGUGACUGAAUAUGUCAAAGAACGGAUUGUGGCCUUGAGGGCAGCUAACCCAGGAAAGUACCAGAACAUCUCAGUGGUCCGGACUAAUUCAAUGAAAUAUAUACCCAACUUCUUUGAGAAAGGACAACUUUCAAAAAUGUUUUUUCUAUUCCCUGAUCCUCACUUCAAGGAGAAAAACCAUCGUCGGCGGGUGAUCAGCCCACACUUGCUUGAUGAGUAUGCUUACGUGCUCCAAGUGGGUGGAAUCAUAUAUACAAUUACUGAUGUGGAAGAGCUUGGAGAAUGGAUGAAGGCUUGUUUGGAAGGUCACCCUCUCUUUGAAGCAAUCACAGAAGAAGAGCUCCAAACUGACCCUGUUGUGAAGCUUCUAAGUAGUGCUACCGAGGAAGGGCAGAAGGUUGCUAGGAAUGGUGGGCAGACAUUUCAGGCAGUCUACAAGCGUAUUGCACCAUCUGAAACAGAAAAUGGGGUCAAGAAUCUUGGUGAGCGUUCAGUGCUCAAUUAAAAUUGGGAGGUAAACAUACAAAACGAUUUCUCAGGAUAUGGACUGAAUGUUAAUUUGCAUUUAUGUAUUCCUUGAAAAUACAUCGUUAAACAAGUUUAGUCAUCAAAGAAUAUAUUUCCGUACCUUUCCUUUCAA